GAUAAAAGUCAAACGUGACAGUGGUCUUUUAUUUUUUAUUUUAAAAGCCCGGCGAUAAGUCGGAAAUUGUUUAUUUACGGUGAUAACAACAAGGUGUGUCCUCGAAUUCACGUGGAAAACGCUCCAAAAUCAAUGAAAUGUUUGUGAAUUACUUGUGGUUUUUGGGGUUAAUAACUGGUGUGUUUUGCGAAAGAACCGAAUUUUUACGUCGUGUUAAACGCGAGCCCUUCAAGUCGAUUGUGGAGGAGCCGGCAUGUGGCGAAGUCAAAGUGCUAUGCAAUAAUUUGAGUGAGAAUGAUGAUAUUUUAAUAUUGGAGUGUUUGCAAUCACUGAACCCGUCGAGACUUGCCGACUUGCGAAAAGAGUGCCAGAAUGUGAUUUGGACGCAUGUUCGGGCCUUGACGAGUGAUGCCCGAGUCAAGGAGUUUCUGGGGCGGUAUUGCUCCCGCGAUUUGGAAAAUAUCAAUAACUGUGCCCCUGGAGAGUACCUCAAAUGUAUAGUCAACAAUAAGGAGAAAAUCACUGAUAGUUCCUGCAACAGUGUGUUGAUGAGGCUUGAAGGGGUUGCGUUUCAAGACUACCGUUGGAUUGCCAACUUUUUGCAGCACUGCAAUGACGACAUUAAACGUCUACAGUGUGGGAAAAUCGACGGCACCUCUUGGACACAAUUCGAGACAGUCACCUGUCUCCAAAACAGCAUCCUUAACGUGCACGACGACUGCAAACGCGAAGUUUUCAAACUAUCAGAACUGCAGGCCGAAAAUAUCAAACUUGACCGCCAGUUAUACAUAGCAUGUGCUGAAGACCACCAACGUUAUUGCCAACAAUUCCCGGCAGGAUCUGGCCGUGUUUUCACCUGUCUUAUGGACCAGCCUAAAGACCGCAUCACCAACGAAUGCCACAAGCAACUCCUCAAACGCCAAAAGCUCAUUUCGCAGGAUUACAGAGUGAGCAAGGGUUUAAUGCGGGCGUGUAAAGACGACAUCAGGAAGACACACUGUCGCAGACAGACUUCCAAUGAUAAAAACAUAAGACUUGCACAAAUUCUGCUCUGUUUGGAGAACGUGGCGAAGAAUGGAAGCAUGAAAGUGGACCCGGAUUGUGAGGCUGAGUUGGUUGAACAUCGGAGGAUAUUGAUGGAGGAUUUUAGUUUAUCACCGGAAAUUGUGGACGGAUGUAGUGAAGAAAUAAGAAAUUAUUGUCAAGGGUUUGAGGCCGGAGGCAAGACGAUACACUGUUUAAUGGACCAUGCCAGGUUUAAAAAUGUGAAGAAGCGGCUGGGGGAUACGUGCAUGAGAGCUUUGGAAACCCUGGUCAAGGAAACCGACGCUGGUGAAGACUGGCGUGUAGACCCCGUCCUGCACCAGGCCUGUUAUCCCGUUGUUCGAGCCGUCUGUCACGACGUCAAAGGAGGCGACGCCCGUGUCAUGUCCUGCCUUAUGGACAACAUCGGCGCCGACCACAUGACCGAAGAAUGUGAAGACGCCCUCAUUCAAAUCCAAUAUUUCAUAGCACGUGAUUUUAAACUCGAUCCGAAACUAUACAGAGCGUGCAAAGAAGACGCCGUACGUAUUUGUCACGCCAGUACCAACUGGGAGGAGACACAAAAAGACCAACCCACGUAUGAACCACAAGUCUUGCCCUGCCUUUACAGACACGCCUAUCCUUCGGACAAUUCAAUCAAAAUCAAGACAAGUUGCUUGCAACAAAUCCAACGCGUUAUGAGACAGCGUGCUAUGAGUGUUGACCUCCAACCAGAAAUCGAGGAGGUGUGUCUUGACGAUUUGGCGCUGUUUUGUUUCGAUAAAACAAAACGAGGGGAGGAGAUGAUGUGUUUGCAGAAGAAUUUUGAUGAUUUGAAGGAUAAGUGUCGGGAGGCUGUGGAGUCGUUUACGGAAGUUGAGGCACAACAUGCUGAACUUAACCCAUAUAUCAUGCAACACUGUCGCAAAGAAAUGGAAACUUUGUGUAGUUCAGAGUUGAAAAAUGACGAAGGUGACAUAAUGGAGUGUCUCAUCUCCCAUAAAAAUGACCCUUCGGUUAAGGCAAACCCUGCGUGUAGAGUCAGUAUAGAGCACUUCCAAAUCAUCUCAUUGAAAGACUACAGAUUCACUUAUAAAUUUAAAAUCGCCUGUAAACACUUUGCUAUUCAGUUCUGUGGCAAAGCACGCACUAAAACCGAAGUUGUGACUUGUCUCAGUGAGAAAGUUACAAAUGCUACAGUUAACGGUUUGAAGAGUAACGUACCGAAAGAGUGCCGCCAACAAUUAAAAGCACAGCUUUUGCAACAAAGAGAAAACAUUGAUUUUGACCCGAAAUUAAAAACCGCAUGUUCUUCUGAUAUCAAGCUACAUUGUGCAAACGUCGAGCAUGGCAAUGCCCAAGUUUUGGAAUGUUUACAAACCGUGAGAGAAAAACUGACCGAACGGUGCGAACAAGAAGUUUUUAAAGUCAAACGGCAAGAAAUUUACGAUAAUUCGGUUGAUUACGCCCUCACGACAAUGUGUGGCGAUGCAAUUGAACAGUUUUGUUCGCACCAUGACCGCGAGACUGUUCUCGAAUGUCUCAAAGUCAAUAAAGACCAAAAAGGUUUCAGUAAAAAAUGUCGAUCGAUUGUUUUGCACCGAAUGGCCGAACAAAACUCCAAUUAUCAACUGAACCCCGCAUUGCAGGAGAAUUGCAAAAUGGACAUUAACAAGUUUUGUGCCAGUAUUAUUAACAGUAAUCAUGGUAAAGACCUAAACGGGGCCGUUAUCAAGUGUUUGAAAAGUUCGUUCAAGAAAGGCGUUUUGUCGCACAAGUGUGAGAGUGAGAUGGUUUAUAUUCUGCGGGAGCAAGCGCUCGAUGUUAGUUUAAAUCCAUUGAUUCGAGUCGUUUGUAAAAACGAGUUGGAUACGAUUUGUAGAGUGAAUGAGGAAGAUUCGGGGAAGACGGAAGAGUGUCUUAAAAACGCACUGAUGGAGCGCCGGAUUAUGACACCAGAGUGUGGAGUUGAAGUGGCAAAUAUGAUAGAAGAGUCCCAAGCUGAUAUUCAAGUCGAUCCGCUUUUGCAGCAAGUUUGCGCCUUGGAUUUGUUGAAGUUUUGUAAAGACGUGCCACAAGGAAAUGGCAGGCACAUCAAGUGUUUGAGGAUUACAAUGGAAAACAAUCAACUGUCGGCUGAGUGCAAAGACAUGUUGACUAAAAGACUGAAAAUGUAUGAAAACGUGGCUCAGAUGGCGCCCCCUCCUGGUGAUUUCCAUGAGUUAUACCAUCAAGUAGUGGCAUCACCUGCCAAACAUUACUUCUUUUUAAUGUUUUUUAUGUUGUUGGGGACUGUACUUUUAAUCGGUAUUUCAUUCGGACGGUCCUUUAGGCGACGAAUGACGAUAAAAAAUAAAUGAUUUUUUAAGUGUCUCUUAGUGUACGUAACAAAUUGACUUGUGAUAAAAUAUUUUAAAUAAAUAAAACAGAUUUUAUUGUCUUAACAAGGCCAAAAAUACAAAUGUUUGAGUGUCAUUAAUUGUAAAUACAGUGGUGUCAUUUGCCAUUUUAGCUAGGAUAAGGACGUUGAAAAAUAUUAUUUAGGUGACGCUUUCUAAAUUGUUUGUAUGAAAUUUUAAUAAUAAACGAUUUAAAUAAA